AUGCAUCAGCAUCCACGGUCGCCCGCUCCUGCGGCGCCUACCUCUUCACGGCCUCGCUCCCAGGAUCAAGAUCUCCGAUCCAAUUCACCAGCCUUCGACCUUCGAACGCAUCCGAAUAGAGGGCUGGGGAUUGAAACCGAGAAUGAUUCCGCAGAUCAAGCACAAAAUCCACAACCUGGGCCGGAGGCUAUUGGCAAAGUAAACCAGAUUAUCACGAAUUAUCAUACCAAGGCCGCUCUAAUAAUUCUACAUUCUCGCGUCGAGCUCCCACCAUCUUUUCCAAAAAAUUCCAAUACACCUCGGGUGAAUCGCUGGUUUAAUGUCGAAUUAGAAGAGACAGAUGCGCUUAAGGACCAGCUUGCGACUUGGAAAACAUGCAAUGCGACUGAUAAUCGACCGCCACCGAUGAUCAUCGAGACAUACUUGGAUACGAAAGGGCUGACGAAUAACCAAACACUUGUUGCUUUGGACGAGAAUGGAAAGCGCUGGGAUGUUGGAGAAUCGCUUGCUGCUUCCCAGAGCUCACGGCCUGUGAAAACCCCGUCGUCCAGAACGGAUGAUGUGAUCCUGGAGCGAUGGAGGGUAGAAUUAGGCGAUAUGCCUGGUAGAUUGCCUGCUGAUCUUGGCUCUAUUCUGCCGACGGUAUACAAAAAGAGCAUAAUCCUCUUCCGCUCCCUCUUUACCUACUCGAAAUUUCUCCCAGCCUGGAAAUUCAUUAAGCGCAAUGGCCGAUUCCGAGCAAACCCUGCUUUACGGAUCAAGUAUCGGAUACUAAGUGAACAAUCUCAACAGUUCUCCGUCCCAGACCACUUGACUAUCCCCCUCUUUGAGGGCGAUACAAAAGUGGUUGAUGCAUACAAAUUUGGUGUCACAGAGUCCCCCGCCGGUCCGUUCUCUGUCCAAGUUACGUAUAGGACAAGCUGUGAUUUCCGAGUCGAUGACUCGGAGGCGCUUUUGAGCUCUCGGUUUAUGGGGGCCGAUGAUGAGAUUUUCCAACCGUCGUUACCGUCUCGUGGCCCGGAAGCCAAAGGAAUAAAUCCUGAAACUGGCUCAGCACCACUCGCAAGAAGAACUGUGGAAGAGCCGGACCCAAGCCGAGCUUACGGCAGUAUGUCGACUUUCCAUCAUGUAGGCCCGACUACUGGUGCGAGUCCUAUCUCUGCACUUCGAGCUGCAAGAGAAUCAGGCGCUUCAUCGCCAUCACCUCCUGCCCCGCCCAACCGAAAAGCCGCCACCACCACUAAAGCUAGCCCGGCCGGACGCGCUGCUACUCUCGCAAAUGAAGCACAUUCCAACGUUGCGAGAAGACCAUCCAUAUCUUUUCAACCUUUUAAAGCGCCCCCUUUGUCUGCGUCGCCGUCCCUAGUGGACACUCCCUUAGGAGUUUCACCUCGAACAACUGGGCCUCAUCGGCCUUCAUUAUCUGAGUCAAGGAAUAUGCCACCCCCCUCCAUGGCUGCAUCCGCGCGUAAAUCCCUACAAUCAGCCCCAGAAAAUGCUAUUCCGUCCCCAAACUCCGCAUCUCCUCGCCCCGGCUCUAUAUCGAGAUACAGCAGCGCUUUUAGUCACCGUCGCGGCAGACCAUCUUCAGGGAAUAUCAAUAAAACCGAAGACGACAAUUCUAGUGGUAGGGCAAGCGCGACAUCCUCUGGCGCUCAGCCAGGCUCUGGACUACUCGCAGAGAUCACUGGCACCAGUGCCGAUUCAAUACAUGCGGACGAUGAGAACAUUUCGGAGUUUUUGAAGAUGCUCGAUCUCAGAAAGGAUUUAUUGAAUCCUUCGAGUCAAGCUGAUGAGGAUAAUCUUGCUCGGAGAACAACAGCCCCCUCUGCCGCUUUAAGCCGUUUCCGGGGCAUGCGGGACUCCAAUGCAGCUCUUUCCGACUCGAUGUCAUCUUCAUUGCUCCUGCACCGGUCUUCUAACGCCUCAAGCAAACAACUUUCUGGGGUUCCUGGGAUUGGCGGCACUUCUAUCUCUACCGCCUCAUCACCUGGAGGGAAAGCGAUUUCUCCUCAUACGCCUCAUACGCCUGCCAUACCUUCUAGGUUGAGUUCAAAUAGCAUAGCCGAUAAUAACCCUUCGGCUAAUACCCGAUCUCGAUUACACGGAGACACCGGUUCCCCACUGGAAGAGGAUACGAGUGAUGGGACUACGACUGAACCCAUUCUUUCGACCGCUACUGCCAUUCCCAUUCCUACAUCGCCCGCAUCAAUUUUUCCUACUUCUUUCCGCCGCUCCAGCUCUGCGGCCAACCGCCGAAGCAACACCACAAUGGACGACGAUGAGAUUUUCACUAUGCGCAGUAUAAGUCUCGGGGCUGAGGAGCCGUCCCACACCACUUUAAGGACGCUGCAACGGCAACACGAAUACGAAAAUCCUGGCACAGAUAUAGCUCCGUCUGGGUCUGGACAACGUUCUGGCGGUGGUGAUGAUGCAACUGUGCUUAGAAAUCCCUCAUUGCGGGAGUCAGGCGCUCAUCGAGGUGCUUCGGCCCUGGGCCCGACGGUUGGGUCAUCACCGUCUUCCAACCACCCCCUACACCAACAACGAUUUAACCAUUCCCGCGGCCGAGGGUUCUCCGGUGGCCCUCAUUCUCUCAGUUCCGGAUCCAGCAGCGUCGCGCGUGGGGGAGCUAUGCCUCCCUACCUCUCCGAACGGGAGUCUGAGCGUGAUACCAAUGCGAGUGGAAGUAACAGCGUUACAGAAGAUCGCCGAGCAGCUAUGUACCGAUUUAACCCUGGCCGUCAAAACCCCCCGCAGUCCAAUCAACUCGAAGAUGACGAGCCUUUGUUAUUCGCCAUGAGUGAUUUUGGGGUUUCUCGACGAAGCCUCGAGGAAGGUCGACAAGGUAAUCACGGACCCGAAUCGAGUGGGGACACCGGAACCCCCAGACGAGGCAGUGGAAGACGAGGGGGGCACGCCUUCCAAUGGUCUUGA